AAUAAAAGCAAAGUAUAAAGCUCCGGCCAACCAGGAGGACGGUGUAAGUUGUAUAAUGGCAAAAUAUCAUCUAGAAAAAGACGCAUGAAGAUGAAUCUAUCAUCUACCUUCCUAUCGGGAGUACCAGAAAAACUGGAGCGCGAGAAACCAAAUCGAAGUGAAAAAAUAAAGCGACCAUGAUUGACUUGUUGUUCGCAAGUGAUAUCACAUCAGUUUUCCACUACGAACAGUUCCCCGCUCCAGCGGCAGGCCCUGUGGGGUUGCAUGAUCUUCCCACGAAAAAAAUAUUUAUUCCCCCUGAUAAAUAUUUAUUCCCCCUAUUCUGCAAGAACUCGUCGCCCCGGCCCUUGUAGAAGGAAACAGAACUGCACGACCAUGAUCAGGAGUUGUAUGUCCAUAUAUACUAGAACUCGCCAGAAUAUUAAAGACAAGGCUCCUGAACAAAAUGACCGCAGUCACGCUUCACGUUUAUGAUUUGACCGACCAGGCUGCCUUCUGUUGUGGGUUUUUCCACACGGGUGUGGUCGUGAACAAUGUGGAAUGGAGUUUCGGUUCGGGCGGCGGUAUCACCGGGUCUAGCCCCGGGCUGGACGGGCAUUCCGUUCCGGACGGCUGCCGCUUCCGGGAGGCGAUCUUACUGGGAUACAUUGACCGCAACUCGGAUAUCUCCCGCGCGCUAGACCGCUUACGCCCCGAGUUCCAGGGCAACAGCUACCAUUUGGUGUUCAAGAACUGCAAUGACUUUUCGCGACGCUUCUACGCCGAGCUGUUCCAGCUGUCGGGCAGGGAGGUAACGGGCAAGGAGAACAAGUUUCCGAACUACAUCAACCGGCUGGCGUGGUGGGGCCGGCAGUGGCCCAUUUGCAAGUGCGUACCGGGCAACGAGCAGUUUGACCCCGGAAGGAACGGCGGGGCCGCGAACAGUGGCAGCAACGUUCCGCCCACCCGACCACUGAUUGCGACGAACGCGUUUCCCCGACCAGACAGCUGGACCACCGGCGGGGGUCCGAUAAGCUCAUCUUCGGGGAGACGGCUGGGGGACAGAAGUACCGCUUCCUCCGCACGCAGCACCUCCGCCAGCACAACGGCCGACGAACAGGAACGGUCGCUCCUGUCGCGCACCAAAUCCGCAUUGUCUUCCCUCUUCGGACGUGGCCGGGCGUCGGAAGAGGAAACUCAGCCGACUCUGGGGGGUGGAAAUGCAACCGCGACUGGCGGUGGUGGUACCAAUGCGCGGGAAGUUCAAGCCAAAGCGGCCGAGGAAAGAAGCCGAUUAGCGGAGAAUCGGGCGUGA